CGCAGACCGCCUCCCGGGACGGCCCGGCCGGAAACCAACAUGGCGGGCCGGGGCUGGGGCCCCCGCCGCCGUCGACGACAACCUCCCGGCCGCCGCCGCCGCCGCGUCUGAGCGCGGGCACCGAGGUGGGGGGAGGGCGGGGAGGGAGAGGGCGGCGCCAUGGCCCGACACCGCAACGUGCGAGGGUAUAACUACGACGAAGAUUUUGAAGAUGAUGAUCUUUAUGGCCAGUCUGUCGAGGAUGAUUAUUGUAUCUCGCCAUCAACAGCUGCCCAGUUUAUUUACUCAAGACGGGACAAACCUCCGUCAUGUGUUGAGCCAGUAGAAGAAGAAUACGAUGCCGAAGAUCCAAAAGAAUCUACCAACUCUAUUUCCAACCACCAACUUAGUGGACUUGAUCAAGCUCGACUUUACUCAUGCCUUGAUCACAUGAGAGAGGUGCUUGGGGAAGCUAUACCAGAGCAGAUGAUGAUCGAUGCAGUUUUGAGAAGCAAGUUUGAUGUGGAGAAGGCUUUAGCAGUAGUGCUUGAACAGGACAGAAAGCUGGAUUUGAAAAAUAAGAGCGAGGAACAAGUGUCCUCAGGAGAGAUAACAAAAGGAGACUUAUUUUGUUCAUCUGAAAUACUGGUUAAUAAUAUCAAAAGGUUUUUUCCUUCAUUGGGAAAUCAUUCAGAAUGUGCAGACACGUCUUUGGGCCGUUGUGGUCCAGUAGCCAAAGAUGAGUCACUUAAGUUGAGUGAUCGUAUGCUUCGUAAAGUGAAGAAACUUGAUAAGCCUCCUUGUGAAAAAAACCUAGGAUUACAUAGGUCGUCAAAAGAAUUCCCAUUUUCCCAUGAGGAUCCAUUUGGUGAAUCUCCGAAGAAUCAGGCACCGGUCAGCUUAGGUGCUGGAUGUCAUUCCUUGUAUGAUCCUGAGAACAAAGGAGUGCCCAGUUUGGAAUCAGUGAUGCAGCAAACUGCUAAAUCUUCAUCUGUUUUAGGCAGAUGUCUGCCUGCCCAAAGUAUUCCACUUUUUAACAGCUUGGAAAGUUUUGAAACUCCCCUUUCCCUAACCAACUCGCUAGAAAGCUUGACUCUUGCUAACAAGGCUAAUUUGUCUGAAAACGUUCCUCCAGUUCUACAGAGUUCCAAGCAGCAUCUUUCUUCUGAACGGCACGGUGUCCAAAUUUCCAAAUGUAGUCCUUCUCUAGCGGAACUACUUCAGGAACCCAGACAGAGUAAUGCAAGCCAGUAUGUUUCUUUAUCUGAUCUUUGUAACCAGCAAGCUACCGGAUUUACGCCUACGAGUUUGGGAUCCUCUCCUCUCUCCCAGCUAGCGGCUCAUAAUCAGUCUUCAGCAGGGAUGCCAGAACUCACAGGAUCCCUGUCCUCUUUGGCGUUCCGGGAGGAUACUUCAACCACCAGAGAUCUUGAAAGCCUGUCGCUUUCUGAUCUAAUUUCCAAAAUUAUCCCCGGAAUAGAUACAUGCGAAAAAGAUCCUUUUUUGCGUGAAGUGGCAUCUUUCCCUGCAAUAGACCCAACUAGCGAAUUAAGUGCCCUUACACAGCCUGUAGCUGAAUCAAAUACCUUUAUCUCAGGAGCUCAAGUUUUAAGUUCAGACCUAGGAGAGCAGUCCGGUUUCUCCAAAGAGAAUAAAAAAAGCAAGAAAGGAAAAAUCACUAAGAAACCAGCACUCACUUUUUCUUGGACAAAGGGUCUUCAUGCUCGACCUUCAGCUUUUGCUAGAACACUAUGUCUUCGUUAUCCUCCGAAAGACUGCAAGCGAUGCCCAGUUGACAGUCAUAAGACUUUCCUUUACAGUAGACAGGUUCAAGAAGUAAAGGACAUAGAAGCAGUUCCUCUGAUAGCAAUAACACCUUUUGACUUCAAAUCUGCCUCCCCCGAUGACAUUGUCAAAGCUAAACAAAAGAAAGCUUUUGUUAGAGAAUAGUGUAAAAGCGACUGGACCAUAACUGAUUUGUCUUUUUCUUUUAAGGGGAUUUAAAACGUUUUAUAGACUAAUUUUGUACUGUUAGAUAACAAUUUCUACUUUUUUACCCAUUUUUACAACAAAUUCUUAAGCUCGUUAACAGUUUCGAUUGAUUUAUAGCUUUGCACUGAAUGAACUGUUUAUUAUUACAUAUCAGCGAUGAUGAUGUGCUGAACUUAUGUUUCAGUAUUUGCCUAUAAUAGGUAACUGUUUACAAAUUAUAUACGUAGAGGAGUUGUAAUGUCCUCAUGUUAAACUUCUCAAAGGGAUUAAGAACAUUUUAAACUGAACAGUUUUGGGAUAACACACUGGGUCCUUAAUUGAAAGGUUAACCUUUCCUGCAUAACUGUGAAAAAAUAGUGUCCAUUGAACUUGGUAGGUCCAUCAGUGCUAGGUGGUAAAGUUGUUGAAGACAGUUUACCACAAAGCACUCCAGGCAUGGUUAUGAUUUUAGAAUUUUUAUAGUAUAAAUUUACCACAAAAUAGUAUUUCUAGAUUUCAGUAUUUUGUCAGCCGUUUUGGUUGGUGUAUGUCCAUUACAGACAUUUUGAAAGAUAUUAAAUUCCUUUUGUUUUUUUAAUUGGGCUUUUUUCUUUCUAAGAACUACUGAUAACUGGUAUUUCCCUUUCUUUGGUGGAUAGUUAAUAGCCCAAGGGCUGUUAAAGUGUAAAGUAAGUGACGGGCCUAACAGCCAGUGACAGGCAAUAUUUAAAAACUCCACCACACCCAAAUUCUAAAAUAUUUAGUUGUAUUAUUGUUGGAAAGAGAAUGUGAUAUUACUCUAUUUACUCUUGAGUAGAUUGAGUCGAAGUGGAAAUAGACAAUAUUUUUUCACUCACGCUUUUUCCAAAUUUUAGCUGUUUGGCAUUUCUGAAUUGUAUGACCAGUGUAUAAUGGUUAUCAACCUAAAAAUUCAGAAAAUCCUUUCCGAGUGGUAUUUUUGAAAAAAACAAAUCUCUUUAUUGUCCUAAUUCAGCGUUUUCCUGCCAGUUACAAGACAGUAAUCAAAUAAUUUAAUUAGUAUGAGCCAUAGAGGUUUUACCAGUCCGAGCAGUUCUGCCAUUACCUGUGUUUUCAUUCUGCAUUUUGAAGAGGGUGCCAUUGUGGAGUUAGGAAAUGUUCUUCCACAAUGCACACCUAACUACAACGCUAUACAGUGUUGGAUGAAAAGGUUUUGCUGAUGUGCAUGCAGUUGGACACAGCAGGAGCACUGCAGCAUGAGUUUUCUGCAACACAAAGUUCGUCAUGAACACAAUCCUCACAUUAUAGGAGAACUGAAUAUACUAAAUACUUCUGAGCUGAACUUUAAUGUGCUGUUCUAAAAAUACAUUCCAAGGUUUCAAGUGUAUAUAUUGUUUUAGGUAGCAUUUUCUGGGGGAAGAAUGUAUUUAGCUUCUCAGACCAAAAUAUUGUUGACUUACAAUUUUGAUAGAUUACUGAAGGUGAACACCUUCUGUCUAUUUGCAUAUACAUGUAUAGGCCCCUUGGCAGCUCUACUAAAAUUUGUGUAUAGUCUUGCUGUAUUUUGUCAUUCAAAGUUUGAGAAAUCACUAAUACUCAUCCUUGCUACCUAGAAUAUCUCACACAUCAUGAGUUUGAGUUUAGUUUUGCAGUUAACUGGAUUUUAAUCAUACCUGUCUUUUCAGUUUGGUUUUCCAAGCAUUGGUACUUAUUUGGAGUGACUCUAGGGAACUGAAAGUUGAAAAUAACCUAAACUGUUUUACCAUUAUUUUUGGCUAAUUUGGCUAUUGAACAUUUAAUGAUCAUGCUCUAAUUCUGUUGAGUUUCAUAGCAUUGUGGUGAUUAGUCAUAGCACUAUAUGUGUUUUCUAAUGUGUCUUUUAUGAAAUCAUGCAAAAGAUCGGCUUGGAAGCUUAUUUGCUUUGGUAUUUUUUAUUAAGUAACAUUUGCUAGCCCCAAUGCCAAUUUUUAACAAGAAAGUCAUUCUUCUUUGACCGUGUCAAUUCUGAUAGAUAUAUCUUGUUGUCCCAGACAUUUUUAAAGAAUGGGGUGAAUCGAGUAUUCAUAAAUAAAAAAGACAAUAAGAAUUAACUUUAAAAAAAGUCACAACUUUUUCUUUGAAGCAGAUGUUUUGGUCCUGUUUAAACUUAAGCAAUCAUCAAAACUCUGAAUUGACUUUUCUGGGAAAGAUGAUUCUUACCAGUGAUUGCCAAGAAUUGUGUCUGGUAGAACAUCUGUCUUUGUGCUAAUUCUUCUGGGUACCCUAAUCAGUUUUCUGCCUUUUUCUGCUCACUGAUUCCCUUUAUUUUUCCUUAAUUUAAAUUUUACAAUAUUUUUAAUCACUUUUUGCCUCUUUACCAUUUAACUUCUUUAUGUUAGAUGACGUAAACAUUGAAUAUGUUUUGCCAAGCAAGUAAUUAUGUUUUGUGGAGUCGUAUUUCUCCGCAUUUAACCGUCAGCCAUAAAAAUCAUUUUUGAACUGGGAAAAAGCGCAGAAUAUUUGUAUUUUUUUUAUAAAGGGUAACUACACAGUAAUCUAGAGUAAGAGGAAAAUAAAUCUGUGAUCGUGCAAUGCUUUGUAUUUGGCCAUCUUCAAGUGAAGCUUGAAUCAACCUGCUGGUGAUUCUAAAUUGAAGGUGGAAUUAGGUAUGAAAAGUGUAUUGCUUAAGAACAGUGUAUUAUUCAUACAAGUUUGUCUAAAUUUUUUUCUACAAGUUAUGAGGGUAUGUGGGAGAAGCAUAUGCCUACAUAGUUGUAAAAAAGCAACUUUGAAAUCUUACUUUAGAAAUCCACGUUAACCAGCUGUUUUUUGACUGUUUAAAUGUUAAAGUAUAUCAUUGAAUAGGCAGGGCGUUGGGUAUAAAUUUGUUUUGCAGUCUGUAUCUUUUCACAUUUGUAUAUAAAGUGAUGUAUCAGUUGUGCAGAUUGUUCUGUAUAUUGGAAUUUCAAUUUUUAGUUUGUAAAUUACUUGUAUGUACAUAGAACUCAGAAUAUGGUUAUUUUCCGGAACAUUUUGCGUAAAUGUUAUGCUUCAAUUUUGCGUAAAAUGAAAAGGCAUCACAGACUUUCCCAGGUCAAUAUUUGUGUAUUCAAAGUGAAUGUCAAUUAUGUGGUAUUUUAAUGACUUAUGUGAAGUUAUUGCUUUAUAUUUCUGUACAAGAAUAAAAAAGAACAAGUGAAAGGCAA